AUGACCACCAACAUUUGUGUGCAGGAGCUGUGGGGUACCCUUUCCAAAUGUAUAAAUGGUGCCAUUGACGGCACUCAUGUGUCUAUUACUGCUCCUAAGGAACAUCCCGAAGCGUAUGUCAAUAGAAAAGGAGUGCAUUCAAUGCAGUUACAGGUUGUGUGUGAUCACACGGGAAAAUUUAUACACUGCUAUACAGGACAUCUUGGAUCAGUCCAUGUAGUUCACUUCAUGAGAUCCGAAGUGUUUCAAUUUUUGAAUGAUCCGGAAAAGUUUCCCAACAACUACCAUUUGUUAGGUGACGCAGCUUAUACCUUACAUAAACAUUUGAUGGUUCCAUACAAGGACAAUAGCCACCUAACGAUUCGUCAAAUAAAUUAUAAUAAAUCGCACUCAUCAACAAGAAUGGCAAUUGAAAAGGCUAUUGGAUUGUUAAAAGGUCGACUGAGAAGAUUGUUAGAUAACUUACCAAUGACUAGGACCGAUCUUAUACCGAAAUACAUUAUUGCCUGCUGCGUAAUACACAAUAUUUGCCUCUGCCUGUUAAGGCACGAUCAUUUCCAGCCAUUGGCAAUUGCUAUCAACGCAGAACCACUUCCUCAUAUAAAUGAAGCUAUACACGUAGAUAUACUCGUAGACAGGAACCUUCGAGAUAUAGCACGAAGAAAGCGAGACCUAAUUGCCGAGGAACUUCCUAUUCAAGAAAAUGUAUAAUAUACUUUUUAGAUAUAUAUUUUUCACUUCACUUUUGGGAUCGGAGGCUGAAGAACUUGAACCCGUUGACAAAGGCUCUACCCAUGGCUUACUU